CUCUCUACCAAAUCACCCCAAAUGGAUAAAGACAUCACAUGGGAUACGAGGAAACCUUAUCCAUCCUCAUCAUUAGCACGUCACGCUCAACUCUCUAUACCUACACCAGCAAGAUAAAAUUGACACCUUCAUCUUUAGCCUCCUCUAUAACUUACAUAUCAAAAAACACACAACAACAAAUUCUUUAUAUGUUCCCCCAAGUAACCAAUAUUUUUCUGUUAGACAUUCAUAUUCAAGCCCAAAAAAAAAAGAGAAACAAUGUUGGCAAUAUUUCACAAGGCUUUCGCUCAUCCACCUAAAGAGCUAAAUAGUCCUGCAUCUAAAAGAUCCUUACUUCCUCAAGAAACUCUUCAAAAAUUCCUAUCUGCUCACCCUUCUGAUACUUCAUCUGUUAGUUUUGGUGACGCUGCUGCUCUUGCUUUUGUUCGUCCUAACUGCACUUCCUUGCUUAAUCAGAGACGGAGGUAUUUUUGUGGGUAUGAUGAUAUUUACUGUUUGUUCUUGGGGAGCUUGAACAACUUAUGUGCACAAAUAAAACAAUAUGGGCUAUCAUCAAAAGGUACAAAUGAAGCCAUGCUGGUAAUUGAAGCCUACAGGACACUGAGAGACAGGGGACCUUAUCCAGCAGAUCAGGUUAUUAAGGAUUUUGAAGGAAGCUAUGCUUUUGUCAUCUAUGACAGUAAGACUGGAACUGUAUUUGUUGCCUUGGGUUCAGAUGGUGGGGUUAAGUUAUUCUGGGGCAUUGCUGCUGAUGGAUCUGUGGUGAUUUCUGAUGAUUUAGAGGUCAUUAAAGCUGGAUGUGCCAAGUCAUUUGCACCCUUUCCCACAGGUUGUAUGUUCCACAGUGAGAAAGGGCUAAUGAAUUUUGAGCACCCAAUGAAUAAGAUGAGGGCCAUGCCAAGAGUAGACAGCGAAGGGGUAAUGUGUGGAGCUAACUUCAAAGUGGAUAUGUAUUCCAGGAUUAACAGCAUCCCCAGAGUUGGAAGUGAAGCUAACUGGUCUGAUUGGAAUAGUUCUUACUGAAUCAGUUCUCCAACAUUUUAGAAUUUUGUCAAAUAGACCCUUGUAGUCUUGGUCCUGCCCUUUCUCGGAUCCGCGCAUAGCAGGAACUUAGUGCACCAGGCUGGCCUUUUUUCCCUUGUGUUUCUUCUGUUUUGGUUUCCUUGUAGAGUUUGUUUUAGGUUGGUCUCUUUCCAGUACUUCUGUGUCUGUGUGCAACUCUCGUAAAAUAAAUGAAGCAUCUUGAUGCAGCUUUGAAAA